CUCGGGUCAGUUUCUCGUUAUCAGUCGGCCAUUUUGGUUCGAGUUAAAAUUGAUGGGAGAAGAGUAUCUGUUCUUGGAAACAACAUGAACCGUAAAAGCAGCCGGUUUAGUGGUCUUGGUAAUAUGGGUCCUGGUAUUCUGGGUGACAAUCCCAGGAUGGUUUCUCACGAUGGACCAGGAGCUGGUCUGCUGGGUGACCUACCUAUACCAGGAGUUGGUGGUAUGCAGCAGAACAUGAUGGGCAACAACUUGGGGCUGCUUAGUGGCGACAUUGAGGCUUUGCUACAGCAGCGACAACUGGCGCAGCAGCUUAGCAUGAGAGAAUCGCAGCUUGCCAUGGCCACUAACAUGCUCCAGCAACAGAGCCAGAUGCUGGAUGGAAUGUCGCCUGCAUCCAUUGGUAAUAUGGGUUCAGAGCGAAUGCAGGGUGGAAUGAUUCCAUCAUUGCUCGAUAUGCCAUCGCAGCACAUGAGGAAACGACCGAUGGAAAUGGAUAACAUGGAUAUUAAACGUCAAAGACAGGAUGGGUCUGGACGAAUUUCAAGAUGGGAUCAAAGUAUGGAAGAAGAUGAAGGACAUUUUCGAAGGCGUUCACCUAACAGAGACCACUUCCAUAGACGGUCACUUGAAUCAGGUCGCAGAUCAAUGUCACCGAGGCGAGAUCGUUCCGGGAUGAGGUCUGGCAUGAGGAACAGUGGUCAGUCAUCAUAUUUCUGCCAUCUCUGCAAUCUGGAUUGCCGAAAUCAGCAGGGUUUCAAGGGUCACAUGGAAAGUGAUCGGCACCGAGAUCGACUGGAUGAAAUUGGAAACCUGCACAAACGAACGUCACAGGAAAUCGCUGGUCGUAUGAAAGCACAGGAGCAUCUCAGGAAACUGGAACAGAUUAACAGACCUGGCUUUUGCAAGCUGUGCGACUCUGAAAUUCCAAUUCUGUUUCAAAGGCAUAGACUUACGACAAUUCACAAGAAACGAGAGCAGCAGGUACAUAGAGGCUGUGGUUGGUGCAACGUGAAGAAUUUCAAAAACUUCAGCGAUGUUUUGAAUCACCGAAAGACGAGAAAACACAGGGAGAAUGAAAAGAAAUUUGGCAACAGAGAAGGAAUUGACAAGAAUAGAGCGAGAUCACCUAUUGAAAAGAAAGUUACAAAGAGGAGGGACGAUGUCAGUAAAAGUAAAGAGUCGAAAAAAGAUGAAAUUAAGCGGGAAGGUGGUGAUAGAAGUAAAAGCUCAUCAAGGAGAGAAGGAGACAGUAGUAGGGAUGUAUCACCAAAGGAGCAAGAUAAGAAGAAGAUUCCAACAAAGACGAACUCUGCUGAAAAGGAAGAUUCUGGUCCAAAAUACGAUGCUGACACGGCUGUUGGUCAGAACUUUGUGGUAUCAGUCACUGGAUUCUUUUGCAAACUUUGUCAUAAAUUCUACAACAAUGAAACAGCGGCAAAGGUUACACAUUGCAAGUCACAGCCUCACUUCGAUAAGUGGAAGAAGGCUAGACUGCUAGUAAAAAGCAAAGCAAGUACUACUAAGCAGGUAGUAACUUCAUCACCCACAGAAACAAAGACAAAUGAGGUACAAACUGAGGAAGGAAAAGAGGAAACUGAAUCAAAAGUGGAGAACAAAGAAUCUGAUGCUGAGAAAUCCAAGGAACUAGAAAAGCACUCUGCGGAAUCUGAGGAUAUGCAAGAAACCGAUGAUGCACGAUUUGAAGAUGAGCAAGAAAAAGACGCUGAAAACUCUGAGGAUCUGCAAGAAAUGGUUACUCUAAAAUCUGAAAAUCAGCUAGAAACUGAUGUUGCCAAAAAUGAUUCGGAUGAUGAGGAUCAGACGAAGGAUGACGACGAGGACAUGCUGAAGCAAGAUGAUGACAUGGUGGUGGAGGAUGCCGACCUGAAGCUGGAAGAGGAUCGUCUGCUGUCGCAGGAAGGUGACAAUGACGAUAACGACAUUGUUAAUGGUGAUGACACAGAAAUGGUGGAUCUGUCCAAAGAGGCGUCUGAUGAGGAGACUGAGAAGGUGACUGAGAAGGCAUCUGAUGAGGCGACUGAGAAGGUGAAAGCAGUGAAUGAAGAAGAUGGUGCUGAUGUUGAUUCUUUUGACGCUGAAGAGGUUGGCAGUUCACCAGUGGCAGUGUCUCCCAGAGGCACAGGUCGCACUCCCAGAGCGAGGAGAGGGCGUCGCGGACGGAAGUAGACUUACGUGCUCUCCGGCCAUUGAUCGUUGGAUACUUUCAUUUGAAAUGUUACUUUGUUGAUUUAAUUUGUAUAGAGAGGACUGUAAUAUGUGUAAGAGAUGCACCAUGAGAAUGGCAAAGGUAGUAGUCUGUGUGAAAAUAAAGCAGAUGUGUUAGUGAUGGAAUAGUGUUUGGUUGUAGAUGUAUACAUGGCUAAAAUUUCAGUCAUUUCAGCCCUCUACAUUGAGACAAUUUUUUUCAUUUGGCUACUAAAACAUUUCAUACUAUCUAUAUAAAAAUACAAGUAUACGCCAUCUGGCUCCUAGAUGAAAAAGUUACCAUAGAGGGCUGUAUUUGGUCCUGAUGUUAUAAGACUAGCAUUUGAUGACAUCUGGUUCCAGCAGAAAAAAAGGUUUGGUCAUUUGUUAUAUACUCGACAUAAUUAUGGGCCAGUAUUUCUUUUUGCAAUUCUUUAUACAAAUGUCAUAAUAUUUUAGAAAGUUUUGAUCGCUGAUGACUUCUAAACAUUGUUUUAGUAAAAUAUGAACUCUGCUACAAGCAAAUAUCUUGCAAACAAUGUGGGUUUUGUGCAUUUAUAAAAACUACAAAAACCCUUCUAUUAAUACACAUUGAAAUAUGUAUAGUUCCAAGUCGGCCUUAUCAAAGCACCUUGACUUAAAUUACUGUGUUUGUUUACUCUUUGCAUACAGCCAUUACAGGAAUAGUUUACCCAAGCCGACUUCGCUUCCCUUCCCUUCCAAGCUGGAGUAUCAGAGGUGAUGAAAAAUAAACAAAAUGGCAGCCCCCCCAGUUAACAGGAAUAAUCCUGGGGUUUUUUAAUUCUAAAAUUAUGCAUUUUUCAUAUGUUAAACUGUCAGUAUGUGUUGGUGGUCUGGGUAUGUAUCUUUUCAACACAGUUCAUUUUUGAUCGGAUUGUUCCUUUAAAAACAUCACUUUAAAAACAUCACAAUAUUGACACUUUACAACGUAAGAAGCUGUAAUUUGUAUUUAAAGAAAAAUGCUCAAAAUAUCUACUGGCCACAAAUUAAUUUUGUUGAGUGUAAUUUCAGCGGAGCCAUAGCUGAGAGAACAACUGUAAUAUAAAUCAUGAUUAACGUACAUCAACAGAUGGUUAUGAGAAACGAAUGUGCAAAAAGAAAGAUUUUGUUUGUUGUCAUGCCUCCUAAAAAUUAAGAUUUGUAUUGUGAACUUUUGUAUUAUGAUUGAAUGUUAAACAGAUUGAAAUUUAUUGCACUAAUCAAGGUCAUAAGACUGUAAUCACGGUCAUAAGACUGUAAUCACUGACACACAUAUCCAACAGUGUUUCUUCCAACAAACUAAAACUCAAAAUGCUGCUGCUGUUAUUAUUGUAGUUAAAAUGUUGUUUUAUCAAAUGAAUAUGGUCUACUGGAACAAUUUCUAAGAGAGCCUUCUUCAGGGAUGUUCAAAAAUGUAUUGUAUUGGGUAGUGGGAAACCACUUUUUUCUUUCUGUUAGUAUCAACUUCUCACAAAAUUAAAUGUUUAUUUAAUCCAAUUAUGUAUGAAAAAGACAAAUUGCUGCAGACUGACCAGACAUAAAAUCAUUACAGUGUCUGUCACUGUUCUAAAAAGAGUGUUGCCACUUGAAGGUAAAAGGUGAUGGGCACCAAAUCCAUGAACCCUUGUGUGCUGUCAAAGUUGAAUAAUAAUAUUUUUUGUUCUAAAAUGUAAAAAGUAUAAGUACACCUUGAAGUACAAUGUACAUAGCCAUACAAAUUGAGAGAAGAACUUGCCAUUAUAUUAGUCCCCUACCGGUCCAACUGAAAGGAACUAUAGGUUUUGCUGCCAACCGUCUGUGUCUCCAUAAUUUUUCAGACUUCUUUUUCGCCUCUGUAUAUUGAGCUGAAAUUUUGAACUUAGGAUUUAACAGAAAUUUGUUGUCUAGACUUGUUUUUAGCAGUGCUUCAAGAUACUGAGCUGACAUUUUGUAUGUAGCUUUAUUAUGUACUGUUACAGAUAAAAUUUGACUUUCAUGGCUAUUUACCAAAUGUUUCACAGUUAUGGCCCUUUAACUUUGAAGAUAGAAAGUUUGUUGGGACCUGUAGGGGACAUUUAUUGCUUUAGCAGAACUCAAAAUUGUUGCAAUAUAUAUGAAGAGUUCAGGCACAAAACGCGAUAUAAACCCAUUUUCUUUCUUUUUUUAGUUAAAGCCAUUAUUGUAUGUCGGUAAGGGCUA